AGCCCAAAAAAAAAAAAAUAGGGAACCCAGCCAAGCCGACAGCCCCACUUGGAAAAUUGGUAAGGAAGCUUGGAUUUUUCCCUUCUUUUCUUGUCCAAGAACAAGAUUUGAGCUUAGAAACCUUCCCCCCUUCAGGAAAUUUCGGAUCUGCCUUGCUCUGCUCCUCACCGCCGGCUGCUCUUGCUUUGUGGGGGCGAAUUGCUUUGAUUUUCUGAUUGCGUGAAUUCCCCCUGCACUUGCGGCCGGCCUCUUCCCCCAACUGCAGCUCCGGUUCUGUUGGCUAAAAUUCUGGAAGCGAAACCGAGGAUGGGGAAACCACAAGAAGUGACGAGUUAAAAGGCUAGUCAUAUUGUAAUUGAACAUAUAUUUUAGAAAUAAAUCAUGAUCUUGUAAACUCGACUUUAUUGGAGAUUUAUGAUAUCAGAGAAAAUUAUAAAAUUGAUCUUCAAAUUUUGGUGGUAUCAGAUUGUGAUAUGAUAAGUUCCGAGUCUAGUGUAUUUGUGGGAUCCUCUCACGAGUGUAUGGCGUUUGCCACGUUCCCGGAUUUGGGUUCUGAGGCACGUUUGAGGGGCAGUGCUAGGGACACUCGCCCCUUGGCAUUCGCUCUGACACUUUCCCAUUUAAAAGAUGACACGUGGUGAGAAAGUUGAAAGGUUUCGGUUUCGCUAUCAAGGUUGAUAACUGAGAGGAGCCAAUUUUUUACCAUUUCAAAAAUAUAAAUAGUUUCUUUUGAUGGCUUUUUCUCUCUUGUUUUUUACUUUUUUUCUUUUUCUUUUUUCUUUUUUUAAGUUUUUUUAAGUAAAGGUGUAAAUAAUAAUAUCAAUUCUAU